AGAAAGCGGGUAAUGGCGGCGUAAACAACCAACAGCCCUGUGCAGGAUUCUCAAACCGCGGCUGAAAGUAAAAAAUAAAGCUACAACUAAACGGAAUAUGUUUUCGGCACUACCAGGAUUACUACUCGGGGUGCAAAACAAUAAAACCGCCUUGAUUUACUGCUUAGUGGUGUUUCAGCUAACUUUUAGCCCUCUCUAAGCCCUGCUAACUAAACAGAAACGCCUGGUGUGCAGAGAUGGACUGCGUCGUGACAGGAGGAAACGUCAAAGUGCUGGCCAAAGCCAUCCACUCUCUGUCCAGGAUCGGUGAUGAGCUCUAUGUGGAGCCCCAGGAAGAUGGGCUGGCUCUGCGGUCUGUGAACUCCUCUCGGUCGGCAUAUGCUUGCUUCCUGUUCGCACCACUCUUCUUCAGCAGGUACACCAUACCCAGUGGGCCCGCCUUCCGCUGCAAGAUGGCAAUUAAGAGUGUGCAGGCUGUAUUCAGGUCUCUUGCCACAUUGGAAAAGACUGUGGAAAAGUGUCACAUUGAGCUGGACGAGCAGAAGAACCGCCUCACCUUCACCCUGCACUGCAAACACGGCCUCAUGAAGACGCAUAACCUGUCUUUUCAAGACAGUGAAAGCCUACAGGCAGUGUUUGAUAAAGACAGCUAUGCCAAUGUUUUCAGAUCCCAUCCCAGGCUGCUAGUUGAUACAGUCGUGCACUUUUCUCCGUCUCUGGAAGAAGUGACUGUAUCAGUGAGUGAUGAUCAGAUGUGGGUCAAGAACCAUGUCGAAGACGAAGCAGACCGGUCCAAGGCCAUGCUGACGGAGCUGUGCCUGGCUUCAGACGAGUUUGACAAUUUUUCCGUCCAAGUUCACAACAGCGUCACCUUUUGUCUAAAGGAGUUACGGGGUUUGUUAGUGUUUGCGGAGUCGACUGGUCUCCCAAUUUCGAUGUACUUUGAUGAACCUGGCAGACCUGUAGUGCUUUCGGUAACAGACAGUGUCCUGGAGGGGAAUUUUGUGCUGGCAACGCUUUCUGAUGACACCGACCAGCGUAAAAACAACACAAAACGAGCACGCACAACGCCACCGCCUGCUCCCGAUGACUUCAUGAACGACGACAUGGACUCCUACCUCAUCGCAAUGGAUACCAGUAUAAUGCCAGGUCCCUCAGCUUCACGUCCACCCUCACCCCCCUUAGUUAAUUCCACAUGUUUAAAUCAUACUGCUGCAGCCAAUCACAGGACAAGGCUUCACAGUGAGGAAGAGGAUGAGGAGGAAGAAACUGUCGAUUCAUGCGGACCUCCAAACAAGAAGUUCUGUUCCUUGUUCUUCGGAUCGGUGCUUCCCCCGUCCUCUCAGAUGACCACUCAGCCGCUGACAGGUCAGGAGGUGUUGGCCAGCGACAGUGAGGAUGACGUACAAUAAAGAGACAGUGGACUGAUUGAAAAGAGACGAAGAGGAAAGAGAUGGACUUUUUAUUUAACCCACAAACCACCUGCAGCGCUGGAAAAGAAAUGGAAACCAUGAACCUUUAUUUUUCUAUCUUUACUGGCCGGUAGAAAAGUUCUACUGGGAUUUCAUUUGUGCAAAAAUAUUCAAAGACUAACGACUUAGAGGACCAUUUGACAAUGAACAUGAAACACUUCUUUUUUCUCUAUUCAGUUUGUGAUCAAAGUGUGAUCAAACAAAAAAGCUCCUCUAAAUAAAAGAAACAUAUUUUUGAA